UAACUGUUGGUCUGAGUGAGGAUCAGUAUGUCUGGGUCACAACCAUUUUUGGCAGAUGGUAAUCAGGAGCUGUUUCCCUGUGAAGUCUGUGGAAGACGCUUUGCAGCAGAUGUUCUGAAAAGGCACGGACCAAUAUGUAGAAAACUCUUCCACAAAAAGCGUAAACCUUUCAAUUCCUUGAAGCAGAGGUUGCAGGGCACUGACAUCCCCACUGUGAGGAAGGCGCCUCAAUCCAAGUCUCAACCUGUGAGGAAAUCCAACUGGAGACAACAACAUGCAGAUUUCAUUAAUGCGAUCCGAUCAGCGAAGCGGUGCCCGCUAGCCAUGAGAGAAGGCAGGCCUCUACCUCCUCCGCCCCCUCCCAGCGUCAGUCCAGAUUAUAUCCAAUGCCCAUAUUGCAUGAGGAGAUUUAAUGAAACCGCAGCUGGUCGGCAUAUUAAUUUCUGCAAAGAUCAGUCUUCUCGCCGAGUCUUUGAUCCAGCCCAGACUGCAGCUAAAUUGACAUCCAGAGCUCAGCGUAGGGCACAAGCAAGUCCCAGAAAAGAACCAACUGUCACUCGUGCUGUGGGAGCUUUGCUGCAGAGCAGGGCCAUGGAAGCAAAGAAUGAGGUCCCAACCAAGUCAGGCCGGCUCCCUGAAACACCGAAGCCGGGUAGCCCUACCCAGGAAGAGGAGGGGAAGGAGGAGCGGAAGUGUCGGUCUUUUCCAGCCUCCACUCCAAACUUCAGUUUUCCUCCUUAUUCCUUUUUGAAACAAAGUUAUUAAAUACAUCAACCUUUUGCUUACGUUAUCUGAUUUAAAGGUUCAGCUGAAGUGUUUCUUUUUAAAGUUGGACAUUUCAAAGGCAUGUAAGGGCAAUGCUGCUUCAAUAUUUGAAACUUUUUGUGAACUGUUCACUGGAGUACCAGCAUUAUUUACUUAGGAAUAUUGGAUUUUAACGAGUUUUAGUCUACAUAAAAUAAGCUGUGAAACAAAGGGGCCAAAAA